GCCUUUCCUCCAAUGAGCUACCUUCUUCUUUUAUCCUCAUCUCUCUCUAAACCAUCAACCUCUCAGUAUUUUCUAUAAUGGAGGCCAAAGAUUACACCCAAGAUGGCACUGUCGAUCUUCAUGGACAACCCGUCCUCUCCUCCAAAACCGGCACAUGGAAGGCUUGCGCUUUUCUUGUUGGCUAUGAGGCGUUUGAGAGGAUGGCCUUCUAUGGAGUAGCUUCCAAUUUAGUGGUUUACUUGACAACACAGCUUCAUGAAGACACUGUUUCAUCGGUGAGGAAUGUGAAUAACUGGUCAGGAUCCGUGUGGUUAACGCCAAUUCUUGGUGCCUUUAUAGCAGAUUCUUACGUGGGUCGAUUCUGGACAUUCACAGUAUCAUCUCUCAUUUAUGUGAUGGGAAUGGUGCUGCUGACAAUGGCAGUUUCAAUUAAAUUCUUGAAGCCAUCUUGUUCAAAUGGAAUCUGUAGCAAGGCCUCUACUUCACAAGUUGCAUUCUUCUAUUCAUCUCUAUACAUCAUAGCAGUUGGGGCUGGUGGGACAAAGCCCAACAUUUCCACUUUUGGUGCAGACCAAUUUGAUGAUUUCAACCCACAUGAGAAAAAGCUAAAGGUCUCUUUCUUCAAUUGGUGGAUGUUCAGCUCCUUCAUAGGAGCAUUGGUCGCCACGCUUGGCCUUGUCUACAUCCAAGAGAACUUGGGUUGGGGACUAGGGUAUGGUAUACCUACAGCUGGUAUUCUACUCUCCCUAAUCAUCUUCUAUAUUGGUACCCCAAUGUACAGGCACAAAGUUAGAAAAUCCAAAAGCCCUGCUGGGGACCUUCUUCGAGUUCCUAUCGCUGCAUUCGCCAAUAGAAGGCUCGAGCUCCCUAGCCACCCAUCUGAGCUUCAAGAGUUUGAGGCACAACAUUACACUAACAGCGGAAAACGCCAGGUCCAUCACACCCCUGUUUUUAGGUUCUUGGACAAGGCUGCAAUCAAAGAAGCCUCAAGGUCAAGGCCUCCCUGCACAGUGACUCAAGUGGAAGGAGCCAAGCUUGUUUUGGGGAUGCUUACAAUAUGGAUGGUGACUUUAAUCCCUAGCACCAUUUGGGCUCAAAUCAACACUUUAUUUGUCAAACAAGGCACCACCUUGGAUAGACACAUGGGUUCCAACUUCCAAAUCCCGGCAGCAUCCCUAGGAAGCUUUGUAACCCUCUCCAUGCUACUCUCUGUGCCAAUGUAUGACCGCUACUUCGUGCCACUCAUGCGUCAGAGGACCGGAAACCCUAGGGGGAUCACACUGCUUCAGAGGCUUGGCAUUGGAUUUGUGAUCCAAAUCAUAGCCAUUGCAAUUGCUUAUGCUGUGGAAGUUAGGAGGAUGCAUGUCAUAAGAGUGCACCACAUAGUAGGACCUAAACAAGUUGUCCCCAUGAAUAUAUUUUGGCUAUUGCCUCAGUAUGUUCUACUAGGGGUGGCUGAUGUGUUCAAUGCCAUUGGAUUGCUGGAGUUCUUCUAUGACCAGUCCCCAGAAGACAUGCAAAGCCUUGGGACGACGUUUUUCACCAGCGGGAUCGGUGUUGGCAACUUCUUGAAUAGCUUUCUAGUGACAAUGGUGGAUAAACUUACAGCAAGGAAUGAUGGGAAGAGUUGGAUUGGGAACAACUUGAAUGACUCUCACUUGGAUUACUACUAUGGGUUCCUUUUGGCCAUAUCUACUCUCAACCUAGGGGCCUUUUGGUGGGCAUCAAGUAAAUAUAUGUACAAGAGGGAGUCCACUGAAGUGAAGGAGGUUUGUGUUCAAAUGGAGGCCAAAACCUUGGAUCAUCUCCUUUAGGGUUACAAGUAUGAAAACUAUGAAGGGUUGUAGACCAUAUUAUGUAAGCAAAUCAUGUAAUAUUGACUUAAGACUUUUGAUGUUUUUAGCUGCAAGUUUGGUCGGUUUAGGGUGCA